ACUGGAGUCAAUUUAAUAUUUACAUAAAGCCUAACUAAUAUUCAACGACUACAACAGUACCAUUCAAUAGUUUCAUCAUCUCCUCAUUUAUGCUAUUUUCUCAAACUUCAACAUAUAGUUAAUCCCUGUGGUUUUUAUGGAUCGUGUGUUUUUCUUUCUGUGAUUGAACCCUAAACAGAGAGGAGAGAAUAUCAUGGCGAAAGACAGGAAUAUAGCUGUGGCCUUGGACUUCUCGAAAGGAAGCAAACUUGCUCUGAAAUGGGCCAUUGAUAAUCUGCUUGAUAAAGGUGACACCCUCUAUGUCAUCAACGUCAAGCACUCUCAAGGCGACGAGUCUCGCAAUCUCCUUUGGUCCACCUCCGGAUCCCCUCCGAUUCCACUGGUGGAGUUCCGUGAACAGCAGGUGAUGCAGAAGUACGAGGUAGAACUUGAUCCUGAAGCUCUGGGCUUGCUUGACUUUGUUUCUAAGGAAAAACAGGUGAAAGUGGUGGCAAAACUUUACUGGGGCGAUGCCAGAGACAAACUCUGUGGGGCAGUUGCAGAUCUAAAGCUGGACUGUCUGGUCAUGGGUAGCAGAGGCCUUGGUAGCAUCCAGAGGGUACUCUUGGGUAGUGUGACCAGUUAUGUUGUGGCGAAUGCGAAUUGCCCUGUUUCUGUCGUUAAGGAUUCCUCUGCUCAUGGCUUUUGAUUUGAUUCAGCAAAUCUGGACUUUGCAAGUGAUUGUUUGGUUUGAAAAAAUGGUGCCCUAUUUCUGUAUUCUCAUCUCAAUAAAGGGUGGUUAAAAUUAGAGGUGUGUGAGCAAUUUCAGAAGUUUCUGAAUGUUGAAUGUUUUAUUAUGCCUGCUUUUCAUACCUUUGUAUCGGUUAUUUGUACAGGGAUUCAUGUCUUUCACUUUUGCUUGUGUUUUGGUCAGUUUCAAUACUUGUAAGUCAUGAUGUAAGAAAUACAGAAAGGAGAAUUUAUGCA